UACACUUCCACUACCCUUAUUACUACCAGGUACCUCUGCUGCACCAUCAGGGCGAAGGCGCAGGGAGGGCCUAUGACUGAGGCAAAACCUUUUGACAGAUCAGAUAAGGGCAGAAUGAACCGAUGGGCGAGGGUGUUCAGGUGGCAUCGGAUGCAGAAAGAGGACGAUGAAGAGGAGAAGAAAGAGGACGAUGAAGAGGAGAAGAAAGAGGAGGGGAAAGAUGAGAAGAAGCUUCCGGCAAAGCCCAAAGUGAACUGGACGGAGUGGGUGGUUGACCCAUCAGAGGAGUUUUAUUAUGGAUGGCUCCAGGUCAUGAUCUUCCCCAUCUUCUACAACUGGAUCAUCAUCAUCUGUAGGACAUGCUUUAAGGAAAUAGAGGAUGAAUUCCUGACGCUGUGGCUCACGCUGGACUACUUCUCCGAUCUCCUGUACGUGGCUGAUACCAUCAUCAAAUUUCGCACGG